AGCCACUAUGCCAUGAGGCUUUGCUGUAUUUUAAUAUAGUGCACAUUGGUCACCAUUUUAAAGAGCACCAAGACGUCAGCCAGGAAAGUGAGGCCUUCCUCUUCCUCAGAGCUUGCUUAUAAAGCAGGUGGUGGAGAGUGAUGGUGGCAGCAAUUGGGGAGCACAGUGGCAUCUUCAAGGGCCAGGGAGACUACCACUGCCGCCCCCACUACCACUGCUGCCUGCUGCAAGUUAUCUACAAUGUGCCAUCCCAGCCCUAGUCAGCUAUGUGGGGAGCGAGUGGAAGCCUCUCUCUUGUCUUAGAAAGAAAAAAGCCUGAACUUUCUUUGCUGGCACUGUAAUGGAUACACCUGCUACCCUCUCAUAGCUAUAGUCAAAGUUUCCUCAUGCCAACUGGGCCCCUCCUAAAGGCCAGUCCAGAUGAGCAUGAGGUGGCUUUUUCUCCCAGUUGGAGCUAUUAGUUGGGUGUAUUGUUCAAAGGUUUCCAGAACAGGCUACGAAAGUGGGCAGUAUACUUCCACCUCAGGUUCUUCAGAAGAGCAAUGGAGCUACAACACACCCCAUUUAGUCCAAAGUAAUGCAAUGAUGCCAUUUCAUAUCCUGCCCCAUGUAACUUAGGGAUGGGGGUGAGUACAAGAUUUAGGAAACAAUUCACCACACCGCUUUCAAGUUAACAGAAGACCUUGCCAAAGUAUCAGGGUCCUAAGGUCAUUCAUAUAAUGUGCUUAAAAUCUGCUUGCCAGAGGUAAAAACGAUCCCAUUUUAAAGUGUUGUGUUUACAACAUUUCAGUGAAUGAAGUUAGCUUCUAAUUCUCACCUAAAUUCAGGUAAAUGGUAUUCACUGUGUCUUGGCGGUAUGUGUAGACAAUAAAAUUAUGACACCUUAAAAUUAUACAAGUGAACUGCUGAGAGAAAUAAUAAAUUUCAGAAGAGAAAAGAAAACCACGCUGGGAUUAUUGCAGAUGUAUCAAACUAAUUGGUUGUUUCUUUUCGGCUGCAAAUACUAAUCAAAAAUUAGUGAUAUGUGAUUAAAGAGGAGCUGUUGUUUUUAAGUCAUGUAAAAGGGAUGGGAAAGCAAGGAGUGCAAUAUAGGAAGGUACAGCCGUAGCACAGCUGAAUGUUGUCCUAUCAGUUUACCUUGUUAAUUUAUUAUUAAUUGUUUUGAACAUGGCUGAGCAAUGAAAGGGAGUCCUUGAAUAAUACACUAGAGAAGCUGGAUGAUUAAGACAAUGUUAGUACUUCUCUUUCAGUUAAAGGUAAUAAGCUUUAGAAGAAAGAAGCAUUUUUCUCUUCUAUCCAUUAAUUUAGAGCAGUUAACAGAUCUUUGAAAGAUGACUAUAUGGCUUGAAAACUGCAGUUGAGGGGGGAAAAUUAUCUUUCAUCAUUCAUGCGUAAUAUGUUUGCUGCUGCUACCAAAAGUUUUGUUAAGCAGGUUGGUGAUGGAGGUCGAUUAGUUCCUGUUCGCAGCCUCAGCGAAGCAGAUAAAUAUCAGCCUCUCAGUCUUGUCAUCAAGAAGAAAAGCUGUUUCCUUUCCAGACGAUCAAAGUUUAUUUCAACACCAUUUGGCCUAAAAGACAUCCUUCAGGGAGAAAAAGAAAUUUCAGCUGGUAUUUCAUCCUACCAGUUACUGAAUUAUGAAGACAAAUCAGAUGUAGCCCUGAAUGGAAGACGAGGAAAUCAUAUUAUGAGCUCUGGAGUCAAUGUUGCUGGAUCAGAUUCCCUGGCAGUAAAGGCUUCAUUUGGCAUUGUAACUAAACAUGAGGUUGAGGUACCAGCACUCCUCCGAGAACUAUCUAGUAGAAAAAUUAAUUUUGGCCACUGCCUUGUCCGUCAGUCACGAGACAGUAAGAGGACGGUACUUUGCGUGGUCAUGGAGAGUAUCAGGACAACGCGGCAGUGUUCCCUAUCUGUGCAUGCUGGUGUGAGAGGCGACACAAUGAGGUUCCAUAUUAUCGAUGACCAUAAUUACAAAGGACGCGACAGAGCUAUUGUCUUUCCUGCGCAUACAACAAUUGCAUUUAGCGUAUUUGAGCUUUAUAUUCGCUUGGAUGGUAAUUUUGAGCUCUGCGUCACUCCAGAAUCAAAAGGUGGAUUUGAAAAACUGCCAUCAAGAUCAUUUUCACUAACCAGAUUACGGAAUACACUGUUUUUUCGAAACAAAAGGGUAAUGGACAUCAUUGCUCACCCGGAUAAUUACUUAGAUGACCUUUUUGCAGACUACUACGAAAAAGCUGCAAGCGUGACUGACGUCUCUGCAAGCUAUUUCCGAGAAGGGGCUCAUAUACGAGUGAAUUUGCUUAAUAACAACAUCCCCAAAGGUCCUUGUUCCCUGUGUGGAAUGGGCAGUUCCCGGAGAGAAACCGUCUACGGUUGCCUUGAGUGUUCUUUUAACGGACAGACAUUUGUGCGACUACAUGCUGUGCCUUGUUUUGAUCUAUGGCACAAGAGGCUGAAGUGAAAAAACAAAGUGACCCAUACAUGCCAAACAGCAAGAUCCAAUUAUGUUAGUUCUCCGUGAACUCAGUGGAAUUAAGCUGACCUUUUCAUGUUGAUUUCAGUGAGACCCCAAAUGCAACUUGCAAACUGGAUCUAAUGCUACAUUUAGUUUAGGCAUCUUUAGAUAUCUUUAACGUUGUGCCAUAGAAUGCUUUGUGAGCUGUGAUGACAGAAGCAGAAAAUAAGGAGGCUCCAAAUGGUUUUAUCUCCUUUUUGUGUUUUCUUCUGAAAUAGAAAGCUGUAUCUUCUUAGGAUCACUUUCAAAAUAUGUUGAAUAAUUUUUUCCAACUGCAUCAUUAGUAGCUAAAUAUGAAAUACACUUUCAAGUUAGCAUUUUAAAAUACCAUUUUAAAAAAACAAGCAAAAAGGGUUUACAUUGAAGUAAUGUAGGCAUAAUUUGGAAUUUGCAGGUGUAACUUGGAAAUAAUUUUUCCUUUAAAAAAUGUGUUUUACCUUAACUGCACUAUGGCAAAGAUUGUAAGAAAGUAUAUGUGCAUUAUUUAAUAGUAAUAUAAAUAUUUGAUUUAAGUAUCAGAUUAAGCUCAUGUUUGAGUUUGCUCUGGUUAAAGAUACAUUUAAACAGAGAAAUAAAACCUAGAUAUUAGUGCAACAUAAACGUUUUGUUUGACUUUAAUC